AUGAGCUGCAUGGAUGUGAAGCAGGAAAAUGUCCAGAGCAAUGAAAAAAACUUGAACGAAGCCCAAAACAUUGCAGCUGCGGAUGGAGGCAAGAAAAAGGGAAACGAUGACGUGAAGAGUAGGUACAGCAAGAACCCCCGAAACAACAGCGCUUCGAGGACAUACAACCAGCAGGGCUCCACCAACACCAACCAGAGUGGCAACCCAGAAGGAAUGGACAACGAGUGGAAUAGCUUGAGGAGCGGCUCAAGUCACACCUAUAGGAAUGCAAAUAAAUCUACCGAAAACAGCAGUUUUUCCUCGAUGAAUAAGAAGAGCCACGUAAUGGACCAAGGAAACUGGAGGACAAAAAAAGAAGGCAAUUCACCCAGCUAUCGAAACAGUAACUUCAACAGUAACGAAAUGAAUGCCAAUAUGAACAGCGCAGAAGGAUCCAAAUAUAAUUAUAAUAAAAAUGUGAGCGGCUCGGAUAAUGCAAAGUAUGGCUUUGGCAGGAAUUACAAAAACAGUCAUAGUAAAAAUACGAAUAGGAACAACUCCGUUAUGAAGAAUGUGAGCGCCGGAACGAGUGCAAAGGGAGUGAAUAAAAACUUUAACAAUAAUAGUAGUAACGCGAAUAAUGGUGUUAGCAUUAGUGGCGGCGCAGUGCCAGCCAGUAGCAACCCCAUGAACAGCGCGAACGGCGUGAAUCUCGCCAGCCCUGAUAUCUACACAAAUAGCGAAGCAAUGCCAAACAAUCAAAACGGUGGGAAAAAUUCAAAUCCAAAUGAUUUCACAAAUGUGGGGGGAAAUUUUAACAACAAUUUUAGCAACAUGAAUAAUAAGGCCUUUUACAAAAGUGCAAAUAAAAAUAACAAAUUUACAAAAUCGAGCAUGCAAAGUGGUGACGGCACGGCUAACUUUGGUGGCAGCCCAGAUGGCCAGAAGAAUAUCAACUAUAAGAGUAGCCAGUACGGUGGCAAUUUUAAGAAUGAGGGAAGUGGCAUGCCAAGCAGAAGCAUCAACAUGGAUGAAGCAAAUAAAAAUACCCCCGCUGAAUUUAAUCCCAACAUGAAUUAUAAUUCGACGCAAACGAAGUAUACUACGCUUAUAGAAAAUGAUGUGGAGUGCAAAACUACAAAUUCGACGACUGCUGGGUUUAACAACCCAUCUAGUAACUUAAAUAACGCGGCAUUCUACAAACAGAAGUUUGACAGUAGCGAUGCUAUGAAUGGCGCGGAUCAAGGCAAAAAUGAAUAUCUGCCUUAUGGGGGCCAGGGGGCAAACAAUAAGUACUACGCACCGCACAGAGGGGGAAACAGCGGUAGUAACGAUGGGGGAAAUAUGAACAGGAUGCACUCGCAGAACGCAGCUUUUAUGAACUAUGACAACCAAAAUAAAAAGGGCAAUAUGUAUAGCGGCGACAAUGCCAACAGGAAUAGACUAGAUUAUGCGUUUAACGCGAACGCGGGAAAUAUGGGUCACAUGGGUACUAGCGGAAGUAGUGGGUACCCCGAAAUGGGCAACAACCCAUCUGGUGGGAACCAAAGCGGCAUGGACGCAACACAUAAUUUUUACCCCCACGCUUCGGGGAACCCCAAUUUUAAUAAUCAGGAGAUCUCCCAAGCGAGCCACAUGAACAGCAUGAUGACUCCCAGCGAUAACGCCCAUUUUGCCAAAAGGGAGUCUGUCAGCGUGGAUAAUAACUAUUACCCCCCCCAUGUACAAAAUCAGGGGGGCUACCAUUUUGAAAAUCCAGGCGGUGCGAACGCAAACGGGAAUUUCAACGCGCAGGCGGAUUUUGCCAACAAAGGGAUGACAAGCACUUUCAACAACCCCAGCGUUGUAACGAACCCAGGCGUAAAUAGCAACCCCAAUUUGAAUAAAACCAAUUUGACGAACAGUGCGAACUUUCUUCCUGGAGCAGCGGGGGCUGGGAGAAGCACCAAUAAUAAUCCCAACAUGAACAGCGCAGACAGCCGAACUCAUAACGAUGAGGAAGAGGAUAAUGACGACUGGGGAGAACUAGGGGAGGACAAAUAUAUAGACAUCAAUUCUAUUAUUAAAAAGAAGAAUGUUAUUCUGAAUCAGCUAGCUGAUUUGAAUAUGUCCAAAAAGGGAAACGACAACAAGAAUAAGAAAAAGGCCAAGGCGAAGAAGGAUGACGAGCCGUUCUUCCUCGCAGGGGCAGAUGCGAGUACGUCCCUUGGGGAGAAGAAAAAGAAUAAAAAAAAUAAAAAUAAAAAUGCAAAGGGGGGCAAUAAUAAGGAGAAAGAAAACGAUAAAAGUGGAAAGAACGCCAAGGAUGCCGAAAACGGAAGCAAUGACCAGCCAGGCGGCAAGAAAAAGGGAAAGAAGGGAAACGUCGGCAGCGAAACGGAUAGCAAAAUGAACGAAGGAAGCAUAGCAGAUGAUCGAGCAAACGAAGCGAAUGAUAACGCCUUUACGAAGAAGGACGAAACGGGUGAACUCGACAAAAAUGAGGACCCUCAGCAACAGCAAAAUGGGGAGAAAAAAGAAGAAGUGACGGAAAAACCAGCCAAAGCUAUUUACGUGUUUAAGAAAAAAGAAAACAUGUCCCCCCUGGAGUAUAUGGAAAGACAAAUAAAAAGCUUGCUAAACAAAUUGACGGUGGAGAAUUUCCCAAUCAUUACCGAAAAAAUGUGCCAAAUUAUGGACUCGCGUACGAAUACAGACGAAAUUCAAACCGUUGUAAAUGAGGUCAUCAACAAAGCGGUGUUGGAACAUGACUGGUCAGAAAUGUACGCCGAUGUUUGUCAAGCCUUGAAAUGGAGAUCGCCAAAUUUUGAAAUGAAAAAAAAAUCCUCCUUCGAAAUUGCACUCUUAAAAAAAAUCCAAGAAGAGUAUGAAAAUUUGCCAAGUACCUUCGAAUCGACUAUGAAGGAAAAAUUAAAAAAUGACGAAAAUGAAGAAGAGCUAAGUUUCGUGGAGCAAAAACAAAAGAAAAGAUUAUUUGGAAUUGUAAAAUUGAUAGGAGAAUUAUUUCAAAGGCAAAUUGUAUCCAUAUCGAUUGUAAUUAGCAUAGCACAUGAUUUAUUAAUCGCCUUUGAAGAACCGAAGGAAUAUUGUAUUGAGGCCUUCCUCCAGCUCAUUUACUCCACUGGGUUUUUUAUAGACAAAAUGGAGAAGUACAAGAACAUUUUAGACACCUGGUUUGGUCGACUGAAAGAAUUGCAAAGGAAAAAAAUGUAUUCCAAAAGAAUCAAAUUUGUAAUUCAAGACGUUUUUGAUUUGAGGUUAUCCGAGUGGAGAAAGAAGACCCAUAAAGAUACAGCCAAAGGUUUGAAUGAAUUGAGGUCCCAGCUCGAGACGGAAGAAAUGAUGGGGGGAUCCAUUCACCUGGCGCAGCUUGGAAAUAUAGUCAUCGUUGGGGAGAGGCAUAACAUCAGGAACAACGAGUCCUACUCCAAGUAUAUGCAGGAGCAGGAGAGGCUCAGCAAGGCAAACCAGAAGAAGUGA